AUGGCUGGCUAUCUGACGUUAAUGGUUUACUUUACAUUUAAUUUAACUGUGGAGGACCGCAAAGAGAGACGGAAGUGGACACCAACAGAGGACGUUGUGCUCAUCAGUGAUUGGCUGAACACAUCAAAGGAUCCGGUUGUAUCAAAUGAGCAAAAAGCAAUUGCAUUUUGGAAACGAAUUGCAGCUUAUGUUGCAGCAAGUCCAAAGCUUGUUGGUUUGCAAAAAAGAGAGCCAACUCACUGCAAACAAAGGUGGGGGAAGAUUAAUGAGGGCGUGUGUAAGUUCGUUGGCUGUUAUGAUGCUGCCACGAAAGAGAAAUCAAGUGGCCAGAGUGAGAAUGAUGUGAUGAAAAUGGCUCAUGAGAUUUUCUUCAAUGAUUACAAGGUGAAGUUCACACUUGAGCAUGCAUGGUUAGAGCUUCGCCAUGAUCAAAAAUGGUGUGGAGCUUCAUCUACUAAAGAUAAAGUGCAGUCAAAAAGAAAGAAGCUCGAUGACCAAUCGGCACAGUCAUCAACUUCUGUGCCAGGAGAGGACGAUCAAUCCGCACGGCCUGUUGGGGUGAAAGCAGCAAAGGCGAAAGCAAAAAAGUCUGUGAGCAAGCCGAGUUUGGAAGAGGAAGAAAGGGAGUUUCACACCAUGUGGGAGAUUAGGCAGAAGGACUUUGCGUUGAAGGAGAAGCUUAACAAUCAGAAAUUGCUUGACACCCUAAUUGCCAAGACUGAGCCACUUAGUGAACUUGAAACUGCUUUAAAAACUAAGCUUCUUAAGGACAUGUUGGCUUAG